AUGGAUGACCAAAGCUCUGGAUCGGUCAGAAUCGAGAAGCUGACCGCAUCUAACUUUUACAUCUGGAAGCAGAAAAUCCAGCUACUGCUUGCUCUCCGAGAUGUCGAUCAAUACGUUUUUGAUGAUAUCCCUGAGAAUGCGACGUCAGAUGACCGGAGAAAAUGGAUCCGUGGUGACGCAAAAGCAAAGGCAGUCAUCGGACUCACGCUGUCUGAUGACUACUUGCAACAUGUGCGAGGGUGUAGCAGUGCGAAAGAGACAUGGGAAGCAAUUCUGAAUGUGUUUGAGCGUCAUACUUUGCUCAACAAACUUGCCGCCCGUCGCGACUUUUACACUGUAUCCAUGCUCCCAUCCGAGAAAGUGCUCGUGUUCAUCAAUCGUGUGAAGCAACUUGCUGCCAGAUUGCAGUCAAUGAGUGUUGAGAUUGACGAUAAAGAAAUUGCAAUGGCUGUGUUGAAUGGCUUGCCUCCACGAUUCGAUAACUUGAUUGUUGCUCUUGACGCACUUGGCAAUGAAGAUAAAGUGUUUGGACUCGAGUUUGUGAAGAGUCGUCUGCUGCAAGAAGAACAACGAGAGAGCAUGAAGACCGCUUCUGCUUCAUCACCACAUGCACCUGCACUUGUCAAUCGUAUGCCUAUUCGACGCGAUAUGAAAUGUACGAAUUGCAAUAGACAUGGGCAUACUGCAGGGCGUUGCUGGGGCAAGGACCCAAGUGCAUUCGUUUCUCGAGAUGACAAUUCUACUGCUGCCUUUGCGGAGAGUGACUUUACUUGCUUGCUUUCGACUUCCACUCCAGAAAAGAGGGCUGCAAACGCAAGGUCAUGGCUUGUCGAUUCCGGUUGCAGCGCUCACAUUACGUUUGAUCGCUCUUUGUUCGUUACGUAUGAACAGAUGCAAUCUGGAUCAGUCGAGAUGGGCACGAAGGCUAGAGCUAAUGUCGCUGGGCGCGGAGAGGUCGAAUUCAUGUUGAACGUCAACGGUAGUCCCCAUCCUUGCAAAUUGUCAAACGUUUUGCAUGUCCCUGAUUUCGGAUAUUCGCUACUGUCUGUUAGCCAAAUGGUUUCGAAGGGUUUGCAAGUGUCAUUUGAAAAUGAGAAAUGCCGCGUUACUGCAGGACCAACUGUAGUUGCCACAGCGAGUCAAGUUGGGGAUUUGUACAUACUUGACGUCAUGAAUGAAACCUUUUCUGCUCACGUAGUUACCCUGCAGACGCUACAUGAACGCAUGGCCCAUGUUAAUGUACAAGGAAUCGCAUCAAUGAUUCACAAUAAUGUGGUAAAUGGCAUCAACUCUGACAAUCACUCUCCCAUUUGUCCUGCGUGUGUGUUCGGCAAAGCAACGCGAUCAGUAAUCCCGAAACAGCGAUCAUCGUCUCGAGCACAGAACUGUCUUGACUUGGUACAUUCUGACGUUUGCGGUCCGCUCGAAGUACAGUCCAUUGGUGGUUCCAGAUACUUCAUUACAUUUGUAGAUGAUCACUCGAACUGGGUAGUUGUGUACACGAUGAGAAAUAAAUCUGAGGCGUUUGCAAAAUACAAGUUGUAUGAAAAGUUGGCUCAAACCCACACUGGUCGCAAAGUAAAGGUGCUUCGCACUGAUCGAGGGGGAGAGUACUUGUCGACGGAAUUCAAGUCGCAUUUAGAUUUAAACGGUACGCAGCACCAACUCACAACGGCGUACACCCCUGAACAAAACGGUGUUGCUGAACGUUUAAAUCGAACUUUGAUUGAUCUUGUCCGCUCAAUGCUUUCUCAUAAACAGGUCAGUAAGCGAUUCUGGGCCGAGGCUCUUGCCACUUCAGUAUAUGUACGUAAUCGAGUUACUUCACGCGCUUUGCCCGUUAAUACAACUCCGCACCACAUUUGGAUGAAUUCCACUCCAAAUGUUGGCCAUACUGGAAGGUCAGCGGGGCAAAGGGAAAUCGAAGGACGGUUGAUGAGGUGA